GACCAAACCACCGACGGACCCUUUGGUGAGGACGCGCCCAGGCUUGCCGUGCCGGCAGGCAGGGGUCACAGCUUCUAGCUUGCGCCCAUCACCAAGAGUAGCUCCGUCAUUUCAUCUUAAAGAAUUCAACGGGUCCCAGCCCUUCCCAUUGCUUCUCCGAAAUGUUUCGAUUUCCUUUCUCUUCUUGUCGUGAUACCCUUUGAAUCCUGCUGCGGACCACAAACCUCCACCGCCCGUCCACAUCGCGAUGGCACCCUCCGCGAUCUACGAACCGCUCCCUGCGGCGAGAGGGCCAAAGGAAGACCUCCCACCACCGAAGACCUACCCCGUCAAAGACCUCAAAUUCGAGAACAUCAUACCAGCACAACCCGAUGGCCGCGAGAAGGCAUUGCGACAGCCAGAGGGUACCGCUGCAAUCGUAAUAGAUAAUGGCUCCUCCUCCGUCCGCGCAGGAUGGAACUUCGAAGAAACGCCGCGGUUCUCCAUACCGCCCAUCAUGGCCAAAUACCGCGACCGAAAACUGGGCAAGACAUUCUCGUUUGCCGGCAUGGACUGUUAUUCCGACACCACUGCAAGAGGUCACAUACGGAAUGCUUUCGAGCAGGGCACAGGAGUGGUCAGCAACUGGGAUGUCAUGGAACAUGUGCUUGACUACUUGUUCAUCAAGCUCGGAAUGAACGGUGUUGAGGGCAACAUUGACAUGCCCAUCGUCAUGACCGAGGCGGUCGCCAACCUGCCAUAUUCAAGGAAAUCCAUGACCGAGAUCAUUUUCGAAUGCUACGGCGCCCCGAGCCUGACUUACGGAAUCGACUCCCUAUUCUCCUACAGACACAACGGGGGCAAGACCGGCCUUGUCGUGUCGUCCUCUUACAGUUCCACACACUUGAUACCGGUUUACAGCCAAAAGCCCAUGCUCGCUCAGGCUAUCCGCCUGAACUGGGGCGGCUACCACGCUGCCGAAUACUUGAUGAAGCUGCUGCGCCUCAAGUAUGACCACUUCCCCGGCAAGAUGAACCUCUCCCAGGCCGAGUUCAUGGUGCGGGACCACUGCUACCUCUCCAAGGAUUACGACAGCGAGUUGGCAACCUACCUGGAGUGGAGUGGACUUGAAGACCGGGAGCGAAUCAUACAAUACCCGUACACGGAGGAGGUUAUCGUUCAAAAGUCGGAAGAGGAGUUAGCAAAGAUCGCAGAGCGCAAGAAGGAGAGUGGUCGUCGGCUACAGGCACAAGCCGCCAAGAUGCGGCUAGAGCGACUGUUGAAGAAGGAGUCGGAUCUGGAGUACUACAAGGAUGUUCAACGACAACUAGUCGACGCGAACAAGAAAGAGACAAAGCGUAUAUUGGACGAUGCCGAGGUGAAGGACGAGAACCAGCUUGCAAAAAUUGUCAAGGAGCUCGAGGGCUCCAUCAAGAGAGCCCGGCAAAAGGAUCUUGGCGGCGAAGUCGAGGAAGAGCAAGUCGAGCAGCCUUCGUAUCACCUGCUCGAUGUCCCUGAUGAUCAACUCGACGAUGCUGGACUCAAAGAGAAGCGCCACCAGAAGCUUUUAAAAUCAAAUCACGAGGCGAGGGCCCGCGCCAAGGCCGAAAAGGAGGCCGAAAAAGCCCGCGUUGCGGAGGUGGCUCGCCUGGACGAGGAAAAGCGAACAAACGACUUGGAGGCCUGGUUGGAUGAGCGACGACAAGCCCGCCUCGAAACUCUCGGCAAGAUCAAGGCCCGCGACCGGCUCAAGCAGGAUCUGGGAAACCGCAAGUCCCUUGCAAGUCAGAUGCGCAUGAAGACGCUGGCCAACCUCGCCUCGGAUAACCCAGCCGCCGCCACAGGCCGCAAACGCCGGCGAGGUGGGGACGACGACGAUUUCGGUGCGGACGAUGCGGAUUGGGGUGUAUAUCGUAACGUCGCCGUCGGCGCCAACAAAGGCGACAGCGACGACGAGGACGAGGAGGAAAACCUGGACGUCGCCAUCAAGAACCUCGAGGAGGACCUCCUCAAGUACGACCCACUCUUCACCUACGAGCACACCAUAGAGGCGCAGAACAAUUGGACAAAAUCCAUGCUCCACGCAUGGCGCUACGGACCCCGGCCGGACGAGGGGACUCAGGCGGAGCGGAAUCAGCUGCACCUGAACGUAGAGCGCAUACGCGUGCCAGAGGUUGUCUUCCAGCCUGGCGCCAUCGCAGGCGUCGACCAGGCCGGCAUCGUUGAGAUCGCCGGGGACAUCCUGACGCAGCGGCUGACGGCCAUCCCCGGCAUCGACAGGAACGACUUCCUCAAGGACAUCUUCCUCACGGGCGGCGCGACGCUGUUCGAGAACUUUGACGAGAGGCUGAGGUCCGGCCUGCAGGCCCUGCUGCCAGCUGACUCGGACAUGCGCGUCAGGAGGGCGAAGGACGCGGUGCUCGACGCCUGGAAGGGCGCGGCGGGCUGGGCUGGCAGCGACGAGUGGAAGCGGGCGAGGGUCACGAGGGAGGAGUACCUCGAGAAGGGAUCCGAGUGGUUCAAGGACCAUGACCUCGGCAACGCGUUUUCGUAGGACGUCUGCGUGCGUGAACCCUUUGGCAAGGAGGCCUCGAGGACAGACAGCCUAGGCAGACAACAGCACUUUGGGAAUUUGCUCAGAGCCUUCAGGCCGGACUCGAGUGGCGGGGAGGGCAGGCUCGCUGCGAAAGAAACGCUAGACGAUGGGCCGUGGCAUGGUCCUUUGUCGAGGACUUGUAUUACUCAUACGAGGGAGGAAAUGGAAAAGCAGCCCAUAGAGAUUUAAUGGACAUGACAACAAGCCUUACUUACCAUCGA